AUGGGCAACAACAACUCGUCCCCGCCGCCCCCGCCGCCCGCACCGACGGCCCCGCCGACCCCUGCGCUGACUCUGACGUCGGGCGCGACGCUCUUGACGCAAACGACGAGCCAAGGCAACGACCCGAUGCGCUUGGACUGUGGCAGCCCGACACUGCAGAUUUCGCGCGUUAUCUUCGCCUCGUACGGCACGCCCAGCGGCAGUGGCCUCGGCGCGAAGUUCGGCACGUGCUUCUCCGGGGUGUCGCAAAAGGUUGUCACGAGCGCAUGCGCCGGUUUGCAGGCGUGCAACGUGGCCGUCAACAACGGCAACUUUGGCGGCGACCCAUGCCCGGGCACAGCUAAGCGCUUGACGACGUGGGCCCAUGUGGCCGAGCACGAGACGCUGAACCUCAAAUGCGCGAAUGGCUAUGUCAUUGCGAGUGUCGACUAUGCAUCGUACGGUCUGCCCACAGCGGCCUACACCAACGGGUGGUGCCAUGCUGCGUCGAGUGUCAACGUCUUGACUCAACUCUGCGUCGGCCAAGCGUCCUGCGCUGUCCCGGCCAAGAAUGCUCUCUUUGUUGACCCUUGCGUCGGCACCUUCAAGGCGCUCGCGGCCAAGGUCACGUGCAAGCAGGGCACGGCGCCGGACGAAAUCUGGACGCCGUUCGUGCCCCCGAGCUGCACGCUGUAG